GCCCCAACUCUGCCCGCCGCGCCCCGGCGCCUCGCCGCCCGCCCGCCCGCCCGCCCGGCGCCCCGGCCGGCGAGGGGCGCGCCCGCUGCAUGGCGCUGGGAUGGCGGGGGCGCCGCGCGGCCGAGGCGGCGGCGGAGGCGGAGGCGGAGGCGGCGCGGGCGAGUCUGGGGGCGCCGAGCGGGCGGCGGGGCCGGGCGGCCGGCGCGGGCUGCGGGCGUGCGACGAGGAGUUCGCGUGCCCCGAGCUGGAGGCGCUGUUCCGCGGCUACACGCUGCGGCUGGAGCAGGCGGCCACGCUGAAGGCGCUGGCCGUGCUCAGCCUGCUGGCGGGCGCGCUGGCCCUGGCCGAGCUGCUGGGCGCGCCGGGGCCCGCGCCCGGCCUGGCCAAGGGCUCGCACCCCGUGCACUGCGUGCUCUUCCUGGCGCUGCUCGUGGUCACCAACGUCCGCUCGCUGCAGGUGCCCCAGCUGCAGCAGGUCGGCCAGCUCGCGCUGCUCUUCAGCCUCACCUUCGCGCUGCUCUGCUGUCCCUUCGCGCUCGGCGGCCCCGCCGGGGCCCACGCCGGGGCGGCAGCGGUGCCGGUGGCAGCCGACCAGGGCGUCUGGCAGCUCCUUUUGGUCACCUUCGUCUCCUAUGCCCUGCUGCCCGUGCGCAGCCUGCUGGCCAUCGGCUUCGGGCUCGUGGUGGCCGCCUCGCAUUUGCUGGUCACGGCUACCUUGGUCCCCGCCAAGCGCCCACGUCUCUGGAGGACGCUUGGUGCCAACGCCCUGCUCUUCCUUGGCGUGAACAUGUACGGGGUCUUCGUGCGGAUCCUGGCUGAGCGCUCCCAGAGGAAGGCCUUCCUGCAGGCCCGGAACUGCAUCGAGGACCGGCUGAGGCUGGAGGACGAGAAUGAGAAGCAGGAGCGGCUGCUCAUGAGCCUCCUGCCCCGGAACGUCGCCAUGGAGAUGAAGGAGGACUUCCUGAAGCCCCCGGAGAGGAUUUUCCACAAGAUCUACAUCCAGCGGCAUGACAACGUGAGCAUCCUCUUCGCCGACAUCGUGGGCUUCACGGGCUUGGCCUCGCAGUGCACGGCCCAGGAGCUGGUGAAACUCCUCAACGAGCUCUUCGGCAAGUUCGACGAACUGGCCACGGAGAACCACUGCCGCCGCAUCAAGAUCCUGGGAGACUGCUACUACUGCGUGUCUGGCCUCACUCAGCCCAAGACUGACCACGCCCACUGCUGCGUGGAGAUGGGCCUGGACAUGAUCGACACCAUCACGUCCGUGGCCGAGGCCACCGAGGUGGACCUGAACAUGCGUGUGGGGCUGCACACCGGCAGGGUCCUCUGCGGGGUCCUGGGCCUGCGCAAGUGGCAGUACGACGUGUGGUCCAACGACGUGACCCUGGCGAACGUCAUGGAAGCCGCCGGCCUGCCUGGGAAGGUUCACAUCACAGAGACCACCCUGGCGUGCCUGAAUGGUGACUACGAGGUGGAGCCGGGCCAUGGGCACGAGAGGAACAGUUUUCUGAAAACUCACAACAUCGAGACCUUUUUUAUCGUGCCCUCCCAUCGGCGAAAGAUAUUUCCAGGGCUGAUUCUCUCAGAUAUAAAACCGGCCAAGAGGAUGAAGUUCAAGACCGUGUGCUACCUGCUGGUGCAGCUCAUGCACUGCCGGAAGAUGUUCAAGGCUGAGAUCCCUUUCUCCAAUGUCAUGACCUGCGAGGACGACGACAAGCGGAGGGCAUUGAGAACAGCCUCGGAAAAACUCAGAAACCGCUCGUCUUUCUCUACAAAUGCUGUCUACACCACCCCCGGGACACGCGUCAACAGGUACAUCGGCCGCCUCCUGGAAGCCCGCCAGAUGGAGCUGGAGAUGGCGGACCUGAACUUCUUCACCCUGAAGUACAAGCAGGCUGAGCGAGAGCGAAAGUAUCACCAGCUUCAGGACGAGUAUUUCACCAGCGCCGUCAUUCUGGCCCUCAUCCUGGCCGCCUUAUUCGGCCUUGUCUACCUUCUAAUAAUCCCGCAGAGCGUGGCCGUCCUGCUCCUGCUGGUGUUCUGCAUCUGCUUCCUGGUGGCCUGUGUCCUGUAUCUGCACAUCACCCGGGUCCAGUGUUUCCCAGGGUGCCUGACGAUCCAGAUCCGCACCGUGCUGUGUAUCUUCGUCGUGGUCUUAAUCUACUCCGUGGCCCAAGGCUGUGUGGUGGGCUGCCUGCCUUGGGCCUGGAGCUCCAGUCCCAACGGGUCCCUGGUGGUCCUGUCGUCUGGGCGCCGGGAGCGCCUGCUGCCCGCCCCGCCCUGCGAGUCUGCGCCCCACGCCCUGCUGUGUGGCCUCGUGGGCACCCUCCCGCUGGCUGUGUUCCUGCGGGUCUCCUCCUUGCCGAAAAUGAUCCUGCUCGCCGUGCUCACCACCUCCUACAUCCUCGUCCUGGAGCUCGGCGGGUACACGAAGGCCGUGGGGGGUGACGCCGUCUCGGGCCGCAGCUUUGAGCCGAUCGUGGCCAUCCUCCUGUUCUCGUGCACGCUGGCGCUGCACGCCCGGCAGGUGGACGUCAAGCUGCGGCUGGACUACCUGUGGGCCGCACAGGCGGAGGAGGAGCGGGAUGACAUGGAGAGGGUGAAGCUGGACAACAAGAGGAUCCUCUUCAACCUCCUGCCGGCCCACGUCGCCCAGCACUUCCUCAUGUCCAACCCCCGCAACAUGGACCUGUACUACCAGUCGUACUCGCAGGUGGGGGUCAUGUUCGCCUCCAUCCCCAACUUCAACGACUUCUACAUCGAGCUGGACGGCAACAACAUGGGGGUGGAGUGUCUGCGCCUCCUGAACGAGAUCAUCGCCGACUUCGACGAGCUCAUGGACAAAGAUUUUUACAAGGACCUGGAGAAGAUCAAGACCAUCGGGAGCACCUACAUGGCUGCUGUGGGGCUGGCGCCCACGGCCGGGGCCAAGGCUAAGAAGUCCAUCUCCUCCCACCUCAGCACAUUGGCAGAUUUUGCCAUCGACAUGUUCGACGUCCUGGAUGAGAUCAACUACCAGUCUUACAACGACUUCGUGCUCCGUGUUGGCAUCAACGUCGGCCCCGUGGUGGCUGGAGUGAUCGGGGCUCGCAGGCCGCAGUACGACAUCUGGGGAAAUACGGUCAACGUGGCCAGUCGGAUGGACAGCACCGGCGUCCAGGGCAGAAUCCAGGUCACGGAGGAAGUUCACCGGCUGCUGCGGCGGGGCUGCUACCGCUUCGUGUGCCGAGGCAAAGUCAGCGUCAAGGGCAAGGGCGAGAUGCUGACAUACUUCCUGGAAGGCAGGACCGACGGAAGCGGCUCCCAAAACAGGUCCAUGAACUCAGAGCGGAAAAUGUGUCCCUAUGGGAGAGCCGGCCUCCAGAGCAGACUGGCCACGGGCCACCCCCCGGUGCCCCCUGCGGCCGGCCUCCCAGUCAGAGCCGGGCCGGGGGCUCUGCAGGGCUCGGCGCUUGCCCCCUGCCCCCCAGGCCACCACCUGCCCCCCGGAGCAGCUGGGAAGGAGGCUUAGCGGAGCCCACGCGGGCCGCUGGGGGCACAGGGCACAAAUGCUCGGGGCGUUGGCGGCCUCGGGGCUCCCGCAGGAACCAGCCCGGCCAGCAGAGCAGGGCCGGGAACCAGUGGCCGGGCUGGGGAAGGGGGACUGUCCAGGCGUGACCCGAAGCAGCUGGGCAGUGACUCGGGCGAGGGGAGAACCCGGACUGCACAGACGCCGAGGCUUGAGCAGUGUCUUUGUUUGCUCCAUCCUCUUCUCGGUGGCCGAGGGAGGUUGGCCGGGUCAGCUGUGGACGUCGGGACCGUCAGGACGUCCACCAGAGCCGCAGGCUACAGCGAGAGCCUUGGAGGUCUGUCUGGCAGAGUGACUGGGGUGCCCAGCUCGUGUGUGCCCUGAGACGGAUCGGAUCAGCCCAGCUGUGUGGGUCCCGUGAGGGCAGCUCCAGCCCUGGGCGGUGGCCUGCAGAGCCCAGAGUAAGAGUCAGGACUCUCUUGGCCAGGGCCAGAGCUGGGCAGGCCAUAGGUGGACGGUUUGGGAGGAACUAAGAAGCCCCUGUCCCACUGCAGUGGCGGCCGCUGGCUUUCUUCAAGAUUGGGUUUUUGCUAAGAGCCAGAGGCAGGUCUUCUGGAAUUCUUGGGGGACCCUGCAGCCACAUCUCUGUGACCAGCAUAGUUCCUGUUCCACCUGUACGUUCUCCACCUGCCCUGCUGAGCAUAUUGGCUCCUGUAAAACCUGGACGUUCCCUUUUCUGCCCACGUCACUGUGUUUGUUCAAAGGAGAGAAGGUGGUCGGUGUCAUUUCUUACCUCUCUGCCAUGGCAUCUUGGGUUCCUGUAUGCUGAACAACAGUGCAAGGCUUUGUUGAUUUUGAAGACAAGUGGACCUCACAACCAUGAGAAAGCUUUCUGGAUGGAAGGCGUUUCUCUGGCAGAACCAGUCCCCUGGACGUGGAGAUUUGGAGUUAGUUUACGGCUGUCAGUACAGCUGUCCCUGCUCCGGUUUGCAGGCAAAGUGACUGCAAGUCAUUCUGUGUGAGUCUGGGAAUCUCCUACCUAGGCAUCUGCGGUUGCCAUGGAGAUGAAGAAUGCGGCCAUGCUGGGAUGCGCUGCUGCGGGUGGGCAGGGAUCCGGGAGGGCCAGUGCGAAGAGACUGGCCAGAAAUAGCUGGACGUGGAGACCUCAGCUCUCGACUGCAGGGAGGAGGGCAGCUUGAAACUGGAGGGAAUGUUCUGGGCAGGCAAGUCAGUAGGGGGAUGGCCGUGCAGAGACCCAAGCUCCGACAGCAGCCCGGAGGGUUCUGUGGGUUGCAGGGGAGCCCUGCUCGGUAGAGUCAGCAGGCCUGGGGGUCCCCUUCCUCACCGCUCUCCCUGGGGGUCCCGACUUUUCAGAAUUGGGACAGGGGCUCACUCUGGACUGAGCCCCAUGGGGGUGGCUAGUGGUGUCCCCCGGGCUGCCUCCGUUGUGGGUGUAUGACUCGUGGCCGUGUGGGUGUAGCUGACAGGGCCGGCCACUUAGCCCAUGUGGACGGGCCAGUGACAGAGGCGGGCAGGUGGACAGUCUUUCCUCAGAUGUGCCCUGGGUGAGGAGCUGAAUUUCCUCCCCCCCAACCCCUCACAGAGCACAAACUGAGUCACCUCCAGAGCCCAGUGAGCACACGGCCUGUGCAGGUGUGCACACCUGCGUCCAGCUGCGGGGCUGAGACCCUGGCCAGGGCCCUGCUGCCCACCUGCUCCUCGUGGCCGAGCUUCCACCCCAGGGCAGGGCGGGGGGAGGGGGGUGGACAGCACAGGAGAUCAUGACCCUGCGAACAUGCUCUGUCACAUGGCAAAGGGGGCUCUGCAGAGGGAAUUCAGGGCUUGGGGCAGAAGCUGAGGAGAGGAUCCUGGGCCAUCUGAGUUAACUCAGUGUGACCAGUGUGACCACGUGGCCCCUCAGAAGUGGACAAGGCAGCCAGGGCAGUCGGGAAGAUUGGAAGCACCGGGUUGCUGUUUAAAGAUGAGGGGCCGCAGCCGGUCGAAGGUGAGGACGCCCCGGCCGUCAGCCACUGAGGAAGCGGGUGGUCGAUCCCACAGCUACAGGCGCUGAAUUCACACCACCCUGAGCGAGGUGGACCCUGAGCCCCGGGAUGAGAGCCCAGACCCGCUGUGCCGGGACCUCAGGUCCACAGAGCCGCGGGACGCCCCCCGCACCAGGUGUGCUGGCAAAGCCACGGAACGCGUGGCCAGCUGUCACCGCAGCCGCGGGAAGCCAUCGGGGCCUCGGCUGUUCUGAAACGGCGAGGUCUCCCCUUCGACGAGCAGAACCUCCUUCAUCAUCAGCAGUUCCAAAGCCUACCUGCUUCCUGUGGGCAUAGGGGCCGUGUUCAGCCAUAACGUUCCUUGGGGUUUGGUCAAUGACUUCCUUUUUAUUUGUGAUAAGACUGUAUGAUAUUGCCUUAUUUAUUUUUAACCUUGUACAAUAUUCAUGUACAAAUGUUAGAGCCUUCCAAGUAGGAUUCUCUCUAAAUUAUUUCUUUUAAGAUGCUCUGUAAAUAGCGCCCCGGUCUGCCUAUUCCAUUCUGACCAAAAUGAAGGUAAGACCGACGCCCCGUGUGAACAGCACACUUUAGCCGGUGCGUGAGGUUCCUGAUGCAUCGCCCCUGCUUGGCCAGGCUGCUGCUGCCCUGUGGAAUGACCCCAUCCAUGUGUCCCUUCGAGACCCUCGCAUGCCUCUUGUGCCUGACCUCAGUAGAUUAGAACGCAGCCCCAAACUGCCAAACACUUCCACGGCCCCUGACCCUGGGCCGGUCCACUCCAAGGUCUAUGUCCUGCAGGGUGGACCCCAUGCCCCGCAGACCCAGCCACCCCGAGCCUGCCGUGUUUAUUGGACUCCAAAGCCACCAGGGCUUCCGAUACCUUCUGUCACUAGAAGCAAUAACUCUAAACUGUAGAGACAGGUCUGGUCCAAAGCAGAUUGGUGAUUCAGAGACAAGCCAUGUGUACAAGUUUCCCCAAAUUGAAGGGCACACUGUUGGAGGGCUGACACCCCCAAACCCGGGCUGAUGUGCAGGCUUGGACAGGAUCUGGCCAGCCUUCAGGGACACCUCUCUUUGUCUUCCCCCGAUAGGAACACUGCACCAUCGUCCCAGUAGCGACCUAGAUAUAAUAUUUGAAUCCCUGCUUUAACCUGCCACUCGGGAAGGAAGGGCUGGGUUGGCCUGUCAGCCGUGUCUAGGUUUCCUCCCCGACAAGUGGACCCGUCUCAUUUCCAGGGUGUGCCCACCCUUCUGCACAGCGUGUUCUGUGAUCCCCUGAGUCUCGGGAUCCUGCUGGUCUCUCCCCACGUGGCAGGCCCUGCCCGGGACGCCCAUGCAUGACUCGUAAGGCAAGCGCUGCCCAAGUGUGUGUGCACCGCGCGGGAAAUGCAGGUUCACACGCGUGUGCCCUGCAUCGAGCAGUUCUCUUACCGGGGUAUCACAGACCUGCUGUCACACUUGUCAUUCUGGAGUGUGCAGACCUAUUGGUUGUGUAUAACUAGCCCCCCAGAAACUGACUUGCCCUUGGUUUUGUUAUGGCUUCAAUUAAAAACAACAACAAAAAUAACCCCCAAAUCCAAACUCCAUAGAGGCAAUUCGUAUCAAAAUAUUUGCUUUGGUGAAGUAAAUGAGGGGUGAGCUGUGGUCGACUUGCAGGUGGAGGACACGACCGUAUCCCUGGGUCCGGACGUCCCCCCUCCACGGCUGCAGUUUGCUUUGAAAGUUGGAAGUCUGUGCUAGCCGUUUCCCAUUUUCAAUCAAUACUCCCGGUUCUGUAGUGGAUGAUGAAAGACGUGCCGUUUCUUCAUACAGCGUCCUGGGUUUGCGUCUGCCUUCACAGGACCUUAGGCUGGGGGUGGGUCUCAAUCAGAUUCAAGGUCCACUGGGGCCUGCGCUGCCAGGCCCAGAGGUCAGCAGGCGGGAUGGGGGCCCACGCCUGGGUGUUGGGAGGCCAGUCGUGGUGACUCGGGCCUCCACACUGAGUUUGGGAGACAACAGGAGAUGGGCUUUACCUGAGGGACUCUGCUGACACAGGGCCCAUUGUCCCAUGACAUGUGUCAUGAGCAAAGGCCAGGCCAGGUGCCUAAAGGUUGGCCAAGUGGGCCGUGCGGGGAGUGGAGUUGUGCGUUUCCCCAGGAUGGAUUCAGGAGCUUGGGGCUGGUGUCCGAGGCCUGCGUGGGUGGCCCCCCCCGGGAGUGCUGCCAGGCAGUUGUCCCCUGACUCCCCGGUCCCCCAAGGCGGGAGGACAUCCUUGAUUCUGUGUGGACUGACAGCCAGGAGCCACAGGCAGGCCCCGUGCCUGGGGGACAGUGUGGGUGGGAGAGUAGGAUGAAGUGGGCACCCCGGUGGCCAGGGCUGGGGCAGGCAUGGCCGGCAGGGUGGCCAGUCAAGCCAGCUAUGGACCCAGCUGCUGGAACCCGACCUAGAUUUCGGUCUCGGGUCGGGGCCGUGCGGGUGCACCCCAGACAGCCGGCACACAGGGGAGCUCCUGGGGACCCCUCACCUCCAAGAAGCCACAGGAGGCUUUGGAGAGGAUUCGGGGAGUUUUCCUUUGUCUCCCGUCUGUGCACAAACGUACUGGAGACAGGUCCUGUGGUGGGAUGAGGAAAUCUGUCUUCUCCAUUGUCCAUUUCGUAAAAUUAACAAAGCCAAUUUCAGGUGCCCCAUUUGGGGCUAGACCUCCCUAAACGACUUUACGGCAGUGGAACAGACAUUCGUAUUUCUUAAUUUCCCUGAAAAUAUAACACGUCUGUUCACUAAGAUAAAAAAAUAACUUUUCUGCCAGAAGCCA